AUGCAUCUUUCUAAGCACUUUGUUACGUCUGCAGUUCGCUGUGGAGUCGCUACUCAAAAAUCAAUAGCUCGACGAGAAAAGAGUACGCUGUCGUAUCGUGUAUUUGAAGCUUCGAAUGGCGACGUGAAGCCAACAAAAACAGCAUUUGUGAUGCAUGGCAUUCUCGGAAACAAACUCAAUUGGCGAACAUUCUCUCAAAAGUAUCAAAGAAAAUAUCAGACCAGACGUCAGAAUGAUCACUGA